AGGGGACUAGCCGGGGCGGGGGCGGAGCCCAGGCCUAGAGCUCUCUGGAGGCCUUGGGCCCGGCUUAGGGACCAUGCAGCGGGACGUGGGCAGCUUCCCCUUGGCUCCGGGCCUCAGGGCCAAGCUCAUCGGCGCCGGGUUCCAGACGGCCGAGGAGCUGCUGGAGAUCGGGCCCUGCGAGCUCAGCAAAGAAAUUGGAAUAUCUAAAGAGGAAGCACUAGAAACCUUGCAAAUUGUAAGAAGAGAAUGUCACAGUAAUGCAACAAGGACUACUGGUGAACCUGAGACUGUUAAGAAGUGCACAGCACUGGAACUCCUGGAACAAGAACAGGCACGGGGCUUCAUCAUAACCUUCUGUUCCGCUCUAGAUGAUAUUUUGGGAGGUGGUGUGCAACUAACAAAAAUCACGGAGAUCUGUGGCGCACCAGGUGUUGGGAAAACUCAGUUAUGUAUGCAGCUGGCAGUAGAUGUGCAAAUCCCAGAAUGUUUUGGAGGGCUUGCCGGAGAAGCAGUAUUCAUUGAUACAGAGGGAAGCUUUAUAGUAGACAGAGUGGCAGACAUUGCAACUGCUUGUGUUCAGCACUGCCAGCUUAUUGCUGAAACACAUCAGGAAGAAGACUUCCAAAAAUCCCUGGAGACUUUCUCCCUUGAAAGCAUUCUUUCUCAUAUCUAUUACUUCCGUUGCCAUGACUACACAGAGCUGCUAGCACAGGUCUACCUCCUCCCAGACUUCCUUUCGGAGCAUUCAAAGGUCCAAUUGGUUAUUGUUGAUGGAAUUGCCUUUCCUUUUCGCCAUGACUUGGAGGACCUCUCACUGCGAACGCGGCUUCUGAAUGGCCUAGCACAGCAGUUGAUCAGCAUAGCAAAUGCUCAUAAAUUAGCUGUGGUUUUGACAAAUCAAAUGACGACAAGGAUUGGACAAAGUCAGUCCAUGUUGGUACCUGCUUUAGGGGAAAGCUGGGGACAUGCUGCUACCAUCCGUUUAAUAUUCCACUGGGACAACAAACAGAGAUUGGCAACACUGUACAAAUCACCGAGCCAGAAGGAGUCGACUGUACCUUUCCACAUUACACCUAAUGGCUUCCGGGAUGUGCAUCCUCCACCUUCAAGCCAGACCCCAGCAGAAAUUGAAAUUAACCCUCGAAAACGACCACGGCUAGAAGGGGAAAACCAGUGAUACAAAGGCUAAACUUCAAUAAAUGUAUUGCACAUGAGUAUUUACAUUAUAAACAUGGGUCCAACAUCCAGAGGUGCCUAAGAGACUCUCUUUGACCAAAACUGCUGUCCCAAAUUCAUUUAAUAUUAAAUCCAAUAUAUACAACAUUGUGCAUGGCAUUGCCAUUAAAAUUACAACUUGGCUUUGUUAAUAAAUGUUUUCUACAA